AUGAAUUUUGAUUAAAAUUUUUAACUUCAGAUUGUGUAUGUUGUACCGCGCGAUCAACGGCAACUCCGCCGCGGGCCCGGAGCGGCGCGAGGACCCCGGGGCUCCGGCGCCUGCGCCAGCUCGAUAUGAGGGCCCGCCGACGCCGUGCCCGGCGCGCGUGGAGUACGCGACGCCGGUGUUCGCGCGCAACUACCAGGGCGUGUGGCGCUACGUCGUGCAGAUACCCUACGAGGGAUACUUCACGCAGACUGUCGAAGUCACCAGAUGUAUGCAGUCGCGCUGCCACUUCCUGGAGGGCGGGUGUCUGAGCUCGCCGCGCUGGGUGUCGCUGCUGGUCGCUGAGCUGCACCAGCAGCCGCAGGAGGAGGCGGAGGGCAGCUCCGAGAAGGCCGCGCACUGCGACACCAACACGCCGCAGGGAUGCUACCAGGUGCGGCUGUACUACGACUGGUUCCUGGUGCCGGGCUCCUGCAAGUGCUGGAGGCCGGACUACUUCGCGCGCUACGUGCGCAGACAUCACGAACUAUAAAACUAUUACACUACUACUAAAUAUUGACAUUAUAUCGUAUUCUUAAAAAUAAUUAAAAACGAAAACCGACUUCAAGAUAAAAAGUUUUAAGUUUUUGCGAAAAACUCAAAAACUACUGGGUAGUUUAUCUAGAAGUUUUUGAGUUUUUAAUAAGCAAAUUAUCAAACCAAAUGACAGCUAAUCCGCAUCAUACAAAAAAUCACAUAAAUAGAAUCAUAAAUCACAGAGAAAUCAUAGACAAAUAUAAAACUAUCGAGCAUAUUAAAAGAUCGAUAACAUUAGCAGCUCGCGCACACCUUUGACUAAACAAUCGCACAACUGUUGUGUGAUUAUCGAUUAUUUCGCAACCAAUUCAACUGUUUAGUUGCACAACUAAAAAUCUGGUAGUGUACCUUCAUAACCUUAUAGGAAUCAAAGAGAGACUAAACAAUUGUGCGAUAGUUUAGUCAAAGGUGUGCGGACGCUCUUAGUUCUUAAACCAAACAUUUGAAGUCGGUAAAGAAAAGUAGGCGUACAUAAUGAAAUAAAUGUAAAUCGUCAGUAUUUUAUGUAUCUCUAUAGAGUUAAUCUCAUUUGUUGUAAUUAGAUUUAUUCCCUCUUACAAUAUAUGUACUUGUCGGCUACUCUAUGGCCGUGGCGAACAUUGGGCUCUGGUAGGGCGGCCAUGUUGCGUGAAGCGUCAAAUAGUUAGUCUUGGGCUUAAUCGGACAUCCGCAAGUGCGCACCGUACUAGUACAAUUGUGAAAACGUACUAGUACACACUUUUAGUACAUUCAGUACUGAUUUGUGACAACACAAUAACAUGAAUAGAAUAUAACGAGGGUAAUAGAUUACUACACAUCAAAUUUUAGCUUAUAAAUUACUUUAUCCACUUUUGAUUCUUACUACCGGUAACGUUACUUUUACACAGUACAGUACAGUGCCGAGUAACAUUACUUUUUAGUACAUCGUGUACUAUGUGUACUACCCAAGACUACAAAUAGUUCGAUUUGAGUCGCGAUGGAGUGCGCGCGCCCUUGUGCCCGCCACGUAAAUUCAAUAUCGAAACAUAUUGUUACGAGCUAUAAUUAUUUAGUGGAAAUACCAAUAGUGAUAUUGAAGAUUACAAGAACAUCAACUAUUAACAGUUAUUGAAAUACCUAAGUACCACGCCUACAAGAAAAUCUCAUAAAUCCGAUAUUACCUGAUGUUAGUCGAAAAACUUUAUACAUAUACUUAUUUUUCUUAAUGUACUAAAGAAUAUAUUUUAUUAUAACUCAUUAUUUAUCUCUAUAGUUAUAUUUAUAAACGUUUAAACGUAUAAUUUAUUUAAUUAAAGCUAUAUUUUUAUAUUGGUCCUUCGAGUCGGAUACAACCAUACUUAUAUUUUUCUUUUAUCCAAAGUAUAUUUUGAAUGAAAUUGUUUUUUAUAUUAAUAUCUUUUGUUAGGUCUCAGUAUGUUAGCCUGAAUGUUAUUUUAAUUACAUAUUGACAUUUAACGAUUGAAAAAUAUUUAUGCUUUAAAUUAUAUUUAUGUAUUCUUUUAUAAGAAAGUUAUUAUAUAAGAAAUAAAUAGUUAUUACAGGGUUAAAAUACAUAAUGUAAAUA